AUGGAAUGCCUGAAUAGCAUUGAUCAGAAAGACCGUGCCCCGUGGCCAGGAGGGGGCGGGCUGCGAGAGCGGAGGGAGCGGAUACAUUGUCGCGGCGCGAGAGGGGGUUCCCCGGGGACCCCCCGAGUGGAUACAUUGUCGCGGCGUCAGGGGGCUUCCCCCCGGGACAGGUUGGAUACAUUGUCGUGGCGUCACAGGAGCAAGAGGGGAACCUCCGUCUGGGCCGCCCGACCCACCGGCUCCGUCUCGCGCUGCUGCCGCCGCCUGGGCGCCUCGUCCACGUCCACCUCGUCCACCAGCGGCUGCUCAGCCCGUCUGCUCUUCCUCUCCUUCUCCCCGCAGCCUCCAGCUCUCUACAACCUGGAACAAGCGCCCAGUCUCUCUGGCAUCAUGGGCGACAAGUCCGGCACGAGGGUGUUCAAAAAGUCCAGCCCGAACUGCAAGUUAACCGUCUACCUGGGAAAACGGGAUUUCAUCGACCACCUUGACCACGUGGACCCUGUGGAUGGUGUGGUCCUGGUUGACCCCGAGUAUCUGAAGGACAGACGGGUGUUUGUCACACUGACCUGCGCGUUCCGUUACGGCCGGGAGGAUCUGGACGUGCUGGGUUUAUCAUUCCGGAAGGAUCUGUUCAUCGCGACGUUCCAGGCUUUCCCCCCCCUCCCCGAGAACGAAUG